AUGAACGACCCUGGUCUGGACGAUGCGAUCGCUGAUGAGGCGGGUGCUCUGGAUAAUGGCUCCGGUCAGGCAUCUGCAGAGAACCGGGAAAGCACAGAAGUUGAUGUUUCGCAUCCUCAUGCAGCGCGAUGGUGGCUGGCGAGCACUGCGUAUCCGUUGGCGGCGGGAACAUUCGGGCCCAUGGCGAGCGCCUUCAACAUCUGUUCUUUAGGGCAAACCUGGCGGAUGACGCCUUCGGGAGAGGAUAUUACAGAUCCAAAAUGGGCCAUCGCAAUCAAUGCGAUCUCGCUGUUUUUUGCGCUUGUCGCCAACUUGGCCCUGUCACUUAAUAUGGCCAGGAGAAUCCGUUUCGCGGUUGCGCAACCGAUCAUCAUCGCCGGUUGGUAUUUAUCAUCAGGACUACUAAUCGGUAUCCUCAUUCCAUUCGGCGUUCUCAUGUACAAACCCGAAAAUGACGGGCACAUAUACACACAAGGCUAUUUCUAUGGAACCUUUGCAGCUGGUUUAUACUUUAUCAUUGCGUCCCUAAUGGCAGUGACGGCUUGGGGCGCCUCCAAGGGCCAUUACAGUCGGGAGUUCAAAUUGACGACAAGUCAGCGGACAUUGAUGCUCCAGACUAUCGUUUUCUUCAUUUAUCUGCUUGGAGGCUCCGCCGUUUAUGCAAGGGUAGAGGGAUGGAGGUUCUUGGAUGCUCUUUACUGGGCCGACUACACCUUGCUCACUAUCGGCGUGGGUAACUUUGCUCCUGCAACGCACCUUGGACGUGGUUUGCUGUUUCCAUAUGCUGUUGGGGGCAUUGUGAUUCUUGGUCUCAUCAUCUCUUCAAUUCGAACCCUGACACUGGAGCAUGGUCGCCAAAAAAUCGCAGCUAUGCUGACUGAUCGAACUCGUCGCCUUAUUGUCAAAGAAGCUUCCUCGGAGAAAAACCGCCUAUCUGGGAUAGUCCCAUCUUUAAACGACAAUGAUCCAGCCAUCGCGCAGAACGAACGUGAAAAACACAAGCGAGAGUUCAUUACUAUGCGACGCGUCCGACAGCUCGCCGAGGUGCAGCAUAAAUGGAUCUCACUUGGAAUCUCAUUGACUACCUGGAUGGUGUUAUGGUUUAUCGGUGCAGUGGUAUUCUGGCGCUCGGAGUCAUAUUUCUCUUGGUCAUACUUUGAAGCUCUUUAUUUCGCCUACACAACACUAUUAACCAUUGGAUACGGCGACAUCUACCCAGUAAGCAGUCUGGGCAAAGCAUUCUUCGUCUUCUGGUCUCUUCUCGCAGUACCAUCAAUCACAAUUCUAAUAUCCAACAUUGGCGACACCCUCAUCCGCUUCCUACGGGAUGUUACCCUCUUCCUCGGUGAAAUCACCAUUUUACCCGGCGACGAGCCAUUCCACGACCGCGUGAAAGCAUUACUCCACAUCUCCUGGAGAGACAAGUGGCUUCAAGAAACAACGGGCGAAAAAGACAACGCCGAAGAUAUGUUAAAAGAAAAUGGUCAUCGCGUCGACCAAGCCAAGUCCACAAAUCCAAGAGUCAUGGAAUCAGAAGAACACAAGAAAGAAGAACGCGCCCACGAACGUGGUGAUAUCGCUGCUGAGAAUAUCCACCAUUACCAUUACCUCCUCUUCCGUGAAGUUCGCAAAAUGACAGACUUCGCCAUGAGCGACAUGGCCAAACAAUUCGAUUAUCUCGAGUGGGAGUACUAUCUCGCCCUGAUCUCAGGCAAACAUAGGCCCUCGGCUCCUGGGACGAAAGAUGAUAACGAGAGUGACGAUGAAGCGCAGCGCGUUUUACGUGAUUGGAGUUGGAUUGAUCAUAAAAAUCCUUUACUUGGGGAGAAGAGUGAAGUUCAGUGGUUACUCGCGGCGUUGACUGAUGCGUUGGAUCGCGAAUUGAAGAAGGCGAGUCAAGUUCUCAAUUCGUCUGAUGUUACUGAUGAUGAUGCAAAUGGGUCGGAGAUGGAGGAAGAUCAGAAUUCUACUUUGGAUAAUCAGGAUCGGACAUAG